AUUUUCCAUGCUGAGCCUGGAGUUUGACUACAUGUGCCAGUAUGACUAUGUGGAGAUCCGUGAUGGGGACAAUUUGGACAGCCGAAUAAUUAAGAAAUUCUGUGGGAAUGAGAGGCCACCUCCCAUUCGAAGCACUGGGUCUUCACUCCAUGUCCUUUUCCAGUCUGAUGGAUCCAAGAACUUUGAUGGAUUUCAUGCUGUCUUUGAAGAAAUUACAGCUUGCUCUUCAUCCCCAUGUCGUCAUGAUGGAACGUGCAUUCUAGACAAAAGCGGUACCUACAAAUGUGCCUGUCUGGCUGGCUAUACAGGCAAUCGCUGUGAAAACUUGGUGAUGUGUAGGACUCCAGGUGCUCCCGCUCAUGGUAUUGUGGAAGGAGAUGACUUUAAAUACGGGGCCCAGGUUUACUUCAAGUGCAACGCAGGUUACAGCUUAAAAGGCAGCCGUGUUGCCUACUGUCAGCUUGAUGGGAUUUGGUCAACACAUCAUCCUGAAUGUGUUCUAGAUGAAAAAAACUGCUCAGAUCCUGGUGGCCCACUCAAUGGCUACAGAAGAGUAGUAGAAGACACUGGGCUCUUGAAUGGACGCUAUGCAAAAAUUGGCACAGUCAUUGCUUUCUUUUGUAACAACUCGUAUGUUCUUAGUGGGAAUGAAAAGAGGACCUGCCAAGACAAUGGAGAAUGGUCAGGGAAGCAGCCAAUCUGCAUAAAAGCCUGCAGAGAGCCAAAGAUCUCUGACCUGGUGAGACAGAAAGUGCUUCCAAUGCAGGUUCAGUCAAGGGAAACACCUUUGCAUCAACUUUACUCAUCUGCAUUCAGCAAGCAAAAGCUUGAAAUCUAUCCAACCAAGAAGCCAGCACUGCCAUUUGGAGACCUGCCCCCAGGAUACCAGCAUCUGCACACUCAGCUUCAGUAUGAGUGCGUUUCUCCUUUCUACCGCCGCCUGGGUAGCAGCAGGAGGACUUGUCUGAAGACAGGAAAAUGGAGUGGGAGGGCCCCUGUGUGUAUUCCAAUCUGUGGAAAAGCAGAAAACAUCACCCUUCAGAAGACAGUGGUCUCUACCAGGUGGCCCUGGCAAGCCGCAAUCUAUCGGACAGUCAAUGGGGUCAAGGAGAACAGUCUCCGGAAAGGGGCCUGGAUCCUUAUCUGCAGUGGGGCCCUGGUGAAUGAGCGCACCGUGGUGGUGGCAGCUCACUGUGUCACUGACCUGGGUAAGACCGUUGUGCUCAAGACAGCAGAGCUCAAGGUGGUUCUGGGGAAAUUCUACAGAGACGAUGACAGGGAUGAAAAGACCAUCCAGAACCUGCGGAUUUCUGCCAUCAUAGUGCAUCCCAAUUUUGACCCUAUAUUACUUGAUUCUGACAUAGCUAUCAUAAAACUCUUGGACAAAGCCAGAAUCAGCAGUCGUGUUCAACCCAUUUGCUUGUCAUCUUCUCAUGACUUGACUUCAUCCACAGAGGAUUUAAAAAUAAUGGUUACUGGCUGGAAGGUACUGGCUGACAUUAAAGAUCCUGGAUACAAGAAUGACACAAUCCGCAUGGGAGUUGUUCAGAUGGUGGAUUCACUGUUGUGUGAGCAACAGUAUGAGGAUAAUGGGAUACAAGUCAGCAUCACUGACAGCAUGUUCUGCGCCAAACAAGACCACACAGCCUUUUCUAAUAUCUGCCCUGCUGAGACUGGUGGGAUUGCAGCCAUAACUUUGCCAGGAAAAGCAUCUCCUGAGCUAAGGUGGCACCUGAUGGGAUUAGUGAGCUGGGGUUAUGAUAAAACUUGCAGCCUAGAACUCUACAGUGGAUACACCAAAGCUUUUCCCUUCAAAGACUGGAUUGAGAAGAACCUAAAAUAAAAAGCUGUGUCUGGAAAUGGCAUUUUAUAACUAUCAUAAUAUCUCUCUCAGUCUGCUGCUUUAGGCUUCUCAUCCCAGUGAUGAGCCACAUCUGGGAUAAGGUUAAGGCAGACAGCCUGGUAAUUUGUCCUAGGAUCGGAUGUUCCAUCAGGCUACUUUUACUUAACCCAUGAUAAAGGGUCUUAGUGCAUGAGAAGUUUUGCCAUAUUUUGCCUGUCUCCCCUGGUGGGAGGAUGAUG